AUGCUUCUCCCAGUACUACGGCAAUCAUAUCCCCGAGACAACAUAAAGCAGCUCCCCUAUCGAAGAAUUCUUACCGACGUCGUCAAUCCAGAAGUUUUCGACCUACUUCUUACCAUGUCCAAUAACCACAACGGCUCCACUACCGUACAUUCGGACGAACACCGCACCAUCACAGCUGCUCCACUCACCAAUUGUCCAUCGCUGUUCGUGGGAGGACCUUCCACAGAUUGUAGCCAUCGCGAGGAUCAUCAGUUCACUGCACCGCAAGUCCUAAGACCACAAACUCUAGGAUUUUCUUGCAAACUGCCUCUGACGAUGACAAAAUCCAUAGAGGAUAUGUUGCGACCUCCAGGGAUGAGCGAAGAGAUCCUGAAUAGACCUCUUGCCAGGGACUGGGCCGAUGGUGUACGAUUGACUCCUGUAUUCAAUAGAGAUGUUGUUGCUCAGUUCUUUCCUGAGCUGUCUGAGAAUCCAAUUUUAUAA